GUGGCUCCGACAUCGGACCAGCACUACAUGACUGGGUAUAAAGAGUGACAACUUGUCUGAGUAUAUAUAUAUAAACAUACAAUACCUAGGUAACAAUCAUAAUAACAGUAAUCUACCUAGGUAGCAAGUCAGACUUUCGUUCAUGGCCUCCAACAACGCACUUGGCCAACAAGCCAAAGACACCUGGUCCUCAGAGGCGUAUUCAGAUUCAGCAUCUUUCGUUCCCAAAUUAACACAGACCCUUUUGCAAUAUCUGGACCCCCAACCAACAGACAAAGUCCUGGACAUUGGCUGCGGCGAUGGAAAAUUCACAGCAGCUUUCCUCCCCUUCGUCGAGAAAGUCCUGGGUCUGGACUCUUCGCCUGCCAUGAUCGAAGCCGCGAACAGAGAGUACAGCGGGGAGAAAGCCGAGUUCCGGGUCCUGGACUGCUGCUACCUGGAGACUGACUCGUCCGUGGCCAAGGGAACCUGGGAUAAAGUGGUUUCAAAUGCCGCUCUGCACUGGAUCCUGAGACAGGAGACGACACGCAUUUCAACGCUCAAGGGCAUCUAUGAUAGCCUCAAACCCGGGGGCACAUUGGUCUUUGAGAUGGGUGGCCAUGGGAAUAUCCCCGAGGUGUCGACCGCGCUGAUGUACGCGCUCGUGCAGCAAGGUAUUCCCAUCGAGAAAGCCCGCGAAAUCAACCCGUGGUUUUUCCCGUCCGUGGCCUGGAUGACGAGUGCUUUGGAGAGUAUUGGCUUCCAGGUGGAGAAGAUGGAGGCCGAGCACCGCCCAACAAAGCUGACCAGUUCGGUAACGGGUGGUUUGGCAGGGUGGGUAAGACUCAUGGGAGCUGUGUUCCUGGACGCCCUGGCCCCUGAGAAACGGGACUCAGUCGUCCAGGAGGUUUGUGAGAUCCUGCAAACUACUGUUACUCGCGUGGAAGACGGUAGUCAGUGGUUGGGAUAUGUUAGACUCCGAGGAGUUGCGAAGAAGAUAUAACCAUGUACCUAAUAAGGAAUUACUUUUGAU